GUCCAAUUCGUACCACAUAGUUAAAAUGGCGACCGUUCAGGGAUCUGUUUCUCGAAACCGGAGGCACAAAUGGUCUAUAGAUUUCACCUCAAGAAUCAAAGCUGACAGACAGUAUCAAUCUGUGCCUGACCUACCAGCUCCUAUUGGCUACUCAGAAAGAGCUCUUGCUGAUGUGACAACACAUGACACAGAAUCCAGCUUAGCCGUCAAGAAAUAUUGGGAUGUUGCUCUCGGUCCCCUGAAGCAACUGCCAAUGAACCUGUUCAUCAUGUACAUGUCUGGUAACUCAAUCUCCAUAUUCCCUAUAAUGAUGGUUGGAAUGAUGGUCUGGCGACCUAUACAAGCUCUCCUAGCUAUUAAAACAACCGCCAAGAUGUUAGAAGCCAGUCCACAGGCCCUUGUUCAGAAAAUAGUCUACUUUGUCUCCAAUCUGCUGGGCAUUGCUUUAGCGUUAUACAAAUGUUCAUCGAUGGGUUUAUUACCAACGCACUCAUCUGAUUGGCUGUCAUUCCUGGAACCACAACAGAGAAUGGAGUAUUCUGGAGGUGGGGUCAUUCUCUGAAAACUGGCAAGAGUUUCAUCAAAUGUACUCUAAAGCUUUUUUCGGAUAUAGUUAUUUAAGCAGAGUUGUGUGGGCAUAACUUGUCUAAUUGAUUAAAGGUAGAUUUAUACUGAUAUGUUUAUAAUGGCUUUUCCUAAAGUUACUUAGAAAUAUAAAUAUAACUUAAUUGGGUUGUUAUUAUUAUUAUUAUUAUUAUUAUUUUUUUUUUUGGGGGGGGGUGGAGAAUGGUUUCAUCCCAUUUUUGUUUCCCUUUUUCACAAAAUAGUUUUGUAGCUUCAAGGUUGAUGCAACGAGUCGGCCAAAUGUCUUUGGGCAUCUUUAUUAGCAAACAUUUUGUUUCGGGUGAAAGUUUAGGACCAUCAAUUUUGAAAAGUGUUUUGUUUCAAUUGUAUUUUUUAAAUUGUCAAAUAGUUUCCUGUGUACACUGAACAAGAAUCAGUCGAUUAGUAAUGCCCUUGCUGUUUCAGGUAUGUAGGGCUUGUUUAAAACAUACGAAUGUUCUUGUGUUUGCAUCCUCUUGUAAAUUGUAUUUUGUAUUUGAUGUUGUUGUUUUGUGAAUGGAUGUAAUAAUUCUGAAUAAAUCAAGGAUAUGGGUUGAAAGCUUA